CUGAAAUUCUUGUUCUCUCUUUGUGGGUAUUCGCUAAGAAGAUUCAUUGAAAUAUCUCUGUACUGAAACGAUUAUUAUAACGGAUUCCAGGACCCAUCUGGAUUAUGCUCUGUUUCAGUCUAUAAAUUCCAAAUUUCUUCAAGAAAGACUAGUUUUUUAGUGUUGAAAAGAGUGAAAAUCUUGUUCUCUCUUUGUUGAUAUUUGCUACGAAGAUUCAUUGAAGUUAUAAUGGAUUCAAGAACCCGUUUGGAUUAUGCUCUGUUUCAGCUUACUCCAACAAGAACCAGAUGUGAUCUCGUAAUCUUUGCUGGUAACAAUUCGGAGAAAUUAGCUACUGGAUUGCUCGAACCAUUUCUUAUUCAUCUCAAAUCAGCUAAAGAUCAGAUUUCUAAAGGAGGAUAUUCAAUUACUCUUCAACCUUCACCAAUUAAUGCUUCUUGGUUCACCAAAGCAACUUUACAAAGGUUUGUGAGGUUUGUUAGUACACCUGAAAUUCUCGAGCGAUUUGUAACCAUUGAAAGAGAAAUCACGCAAAUUGAGAGUGAACAAGAAAAUGCAAGUAUCAAUGUUGAAGGAGGAAAUGCAUCAGCUUUUGAUGGAGAUUCCAAAUUCUCUGCUGGUUUUUCAAAGUCCAACGGCGGAUCUGAUGGUAUUGGCUAUGCUGCACAAGAAGAAAAUCCCAAGGUUCGUCUUCAACGCGUUCUAGAAAGCAGAAAAGCAGUUUUAAUGAAAGAACAAGCAAUGGCUUAUGCUCGUGCUUUGGUAUCUGGCUUUGAUAUGGACAACUUGGAUGACCUCAUAUCUUUUUCCAAUGCCUUUGGCGCUCUGCGUCUAAGAGAAGCAUGCAUUAAAUUUAUGGAGCUGUGCAACAAAAAGAGAGAUGACGGAAUCUGGAUGGACGAAGUGGCAGCCCUUCAAGCCUACUCUCCUUCUGAAUUUUCGUAUUUUGGGAGAUCUGGGAUCACGCUUGCUGCUGAACAUACUGAUGUUACUCAAGACAUAAUGAUGAACAGAACACAGAAUGUUCCUAUUGAUGCUUCGACGUCUGAUACCAUUAGUCAUGGAAGUUUCGAUACUAAUCAAGAAAAUGGCUUACCACCACCCAUCAAAAUCCACUCUACAGAUAGGAAAUCACAACAAAUAUGGCCCAACAAUGUACCACCUUACAUGCAAAACAAUCAAAAUCCAGCAUUUCAACAAAUUCCACCAUAUCCAGGGUACAUGUUUUCAGGCAUGCAGGCUAAUCCUACUUACUAUCCUGGAAUGCCAUGGCCUCCAAAUCCGGAAGAUUCUAGUCGAGGUCCCGGUCCUGAAUAUAAUUGGAAGAAUAAACCACCUUCCAAGAACAAGAAGAAAUAUUCAAAUGGGGAUAGACAUGAAAGCAACAAUUCAAGUUCUAACAGUGAUUCUGAUGACUAUGAGGAGGAUAAGAAAAUGCAGCAGGGGAAGAGUUCAUCAAGAAAAGUUGUUAUCCGCAACAUAAACUACAUUGCUUCAAAUAGAAAUGAACAAAGUGAUCACAGCAGCACUGAGGAUAGUUCUGGAGAUGAGGAGGAUGGAUCCCUCAGAAAGCAGGUAGAAGAAGCAGUUGGAUCAUGGGAGAAGAGGCAGCAUAACUCAACGUCUCGCAACAAGAAGAUACGAGAUGGAAGGAAGAGAAACAACAGUGGAAAGAUAUCGAAUGGGGCUUCUAAGGAGGAUGCUAAGGAUGAAGUGACCAACAUUGGUAAGAACUGGGAUAUCUUCCAGACCAUUCUUAUGCAAGAUGCAGAUUCAAGGUCCAACGACACGGGGUCAAAAAACGUCCAGAAAGAGAACUUGAUGACAAAGAGCCUAGUUGAAGAUGAAAUCCCUCGACGAGUUAUUAGCAGAGAGAGCACAGAAGAAGAGUUGUUAUUUUCACAUAGAACUCAGGAACCAAAAGGCUAUCCUAAGUCUAUCUUGUCUAAUGGUGCCACUGAAUCAGUAGUCCGUAAGAGCCAAAAGGAGGAGGAUUUGUUAGUAGGCAAUCUACUAAAUAAAUCAACAUAUCAAGGGGAAAUCUCAGAUCAAAGUAUCUUUGUUGGAGAUUAUGCUUCAGCUUCUCAUGAUGAUAAGAAAGGUGUUCUAUUUGAUGAAUCCAUUUUGGUUCAAGCCCAUUCAGUUGAUACCGCGUCUGAUUAUCACCAACAGACAGACAUAUUCAUGGAUUCAGACAUCGUGGGAGCUGAACAAGUUAAGCACAACAUGCCUAAUCAUGUAGAAGAGAAGCUUGAUCCUUCUGAUACAUGUGAACCAAAUGACCUUUUCAUGGUUCUUGGAAGGGAUUCAACUGCUGAGCAAGUUUCCGCCCCUUGGAAACCAGAACUGGAUUAUGAAAACGAUGUAUUCUUGUCUGAAAAUCUAAAGAGUCAGACUGAUGUUAGACCUAGUUCUGCUGAUAAGAAGGUUCACCAAAAUGGCGAAGCAACCAACAAAAGGACCGGUAAGGACCUUGGACGAAAGGAAGUUAGCAAAGAACCAAAAUCUAAAGCUUCAGUUGGAUCUCUUGCAAGGACCAAAUCCGAGACCUCAUCAAGAAUCAAGAAAUCUCCUUCUGCAAGCAGUAGAACCGCAUUGCAGAAAAGCAAAGCUGAGAAGGACGAGGAGAGUAGAAAGAAAUUGGAACAAUCAUUAUUGCAGCGUCAAAAGAGAAUUGCAGAAAGAAGUGGUACUACUGGUUUAGCCAAACCAACUCCAAGGAAGAAUACAAAAGAGUCAGCCAUAUCUACAAAAAUUGAGAAGCCAAAACCUAAGGCUCCAACUGAGGCAACCAAUAGAUUACAUAAACCAGUUUGUAAGAGUUCCACUGUAGAACGCCUUGCGUCUACAAGGACAGCUAAGGAUCGAUCCACUGAGUCAAAAACCACUCCAAGUAAGAAAGCAAGUCAAAAGGAAAAUAAAGCGAUUGCUCCAUUAAAGAAAUCAGCUGGAAAUGAGAGUAUGCAAGGUCCGCGUAAAGCCAAGCCUUCGGAUACCAAAGUUCACGGAAAAGGUCAUUCUGCAUCUGGUCCUCAGAAGGGAAAAAAUAGCAACGAUGACUUAAAAAAAUUAAUGUCAAAUGAACGCGGACCUGAACUAAGACCACAGAUUUCUAAUGAAACUGCUGAUGCUAAGAACACGGAGGAGGUACAUAACAUAUCAUCGAGUGAGAAGAAGAUAGAUAUACCUAUGCUUUCUGCUGAACAAUCAAUAGAUGACAAGAAGCAAGGUUCUAACAAGGCUGUAAAGUUUCUUGAUGAUGUUAUUGGAGUAUCCAGUGUGCAUUUGGAUAGAAACAUAAAUUUGGAGCCUCCAGUCUGUCAAGGGAUCAUCUCGAAUGAAGUUUCCACGACUCUUACAAAUGAUGAAUCGAACCUCGAGACAAAUCAAGGAAGAAGGAAAUGGACAACCGAUGAAAGUUCUCUUAAAGUUACCAAAGGAUUCAGAAAGCUUCUCUAUUUUGGUCGAAAAAACUGAAUCGUUCCUUGUGAUCUAGUCAUGGCAUUUGUUGUAUCAAAUUCUUGAGUGGCAGUGUAGGCAAACAAGCAUUAUACGGAAGCUGCAAGUUUUUUUAAGGCAUAAUAAGGCAGCAGGUAUAUAUUACUGCAUUAAUGGACAUUGGUUUUCAGUUGGCAGGUAAAAUUCUGUGUGAUGAGUGUUAUGGUUUUUAUUUAAUAAAAUCUUGUAUCCUAAGAGUAUAACUCUCUUUUUAUAAUAUUUCUCAAGCCCCUUCCUUUUUUGUUUUGUUUUUUUUUUUUUUUCUGCCUAAAGAAAAUUAGAAAAAAAGAAAAGGAUCCUUUAAUUUUUGGAGUGAAUCCUAAAUUCAUGUAAUUCUCUUUUGCUGUAUAACUUUUGUUGUUUGUAUUCAUUUUCUUCUUAUGAAGUGUCUUUGUGAUA